AGUAUUGGAGGGUCUGUGCGCCAGUCGGGUCUGUGCGCUAAGCCCCGCGUUAAAUCUCAUAACACACAAACAGAGUGUUUAAAUGGCGGGCCGUAGUUCAAAUUUUCCCGCCAGUACCGUUCCAGUGUUGUGUUUGCGCCAGGGAGAGAGAGGCAGUGCGUCUUCCGCUAUACUGAGCCCUUGCUGAAAUGGCAUCAACACAGCGGUACAAACAAGAACAAGUGGAGAAAGCUGUGGAGCUGGUAAGAUCUAAACAGAUGUCCCUGAAUGCCGCCUCCAAAACUUUUGGUAUCCCUUACGCCACCCUUGGGGAUAAGGUCAGGGGAAGAAGACCUAUGCAGCCUGCUCCCAAAACAGUUCUGUCAAUGGAAGAGGAGAAGAAGCUAGUAGAUUGGCUGAUUGAAGUGUCUAAACGAGGUUUUGGACGGACCAAAGACGACCUCAAAGACAUGGUGAAAACCAUUCUCGAUGAUAGGGAAGAGAGGACUGUCUUCAAAAACAACCGCCCUGGAAAGGAUUGGAUGCGAGCCUUUUUCAAGAGGCAUCCAGAGAUACGGGAAAGAAUUGGACAACCACUUGGCCGUGAGAGAGCAAUUGUGACAAAGGAUGCUCUAGGUGAAUGGUUUCAGCAAAUGAAACAUUACCUGGACACCAUCGAUCCCACUUUGUUGACCUCUCCUGACCGGAUCUUUAAUGCUGAUGAAAGUGGUUUUAAUAUAUGUCCAAAGACAAAGAAAAUCAUCAGCAUGACAGGAGCAAAACACGUCUACUCUGUCACAAGUGGCAAACGGCAGCAAGUGACAAUGUUGGCCUGCUCCUCUGCCAUGGGGCAGUACCUUCCACCGCUGCUGAUCUUUCCCUACACCAGAGAUCCUCGCUUCAAUGCGUUGGAAGGUUUUGAAGAGGCUUUUUUUCAAAAAACUCCAAAUGGUUGGAUCACUGAGGUGGUCUUUCUUAGCUUUCUGAGGGACAUUUUCAUUCCCAAAUUGGGAGAAAAGCGACCAGUGGUGCUGUUUGUGGACGGCCAUUCCAGCCAUCAUUCCUGGCAAUCUGCACGCUGUGUAACGAGAAUGGUGUCAUCCUUUACUGCCUGAAGGCGCAUGCCAGUCACCUUAUCCAGCCACUGGAUCAAGCUUUCUUUGGGGCAAUCAAACUAGCAUGGAGUGAAGCCGUCAGAAAGUUUCAGUACCAAACUGGAGAGAGUGUCACCAUGUGCACGUUUGCCCGCACACUAAAGAAAGCUUGGGACACUACAGCACGACCAGAGCUUGCUUACAAGGGAUUUGUUAAGUCUGGGAUCUAUCCUUUUAACCCUGAGGUUGUACUCAACUCAGACAAGCUGAAGCCAAGCUGCAGUUUCUCCAGCGCUGCUCCAGUCACUCUCCCUACCUCAGCAUCUUUUGGCAUCACUGCUCUUCCCGCAUGUACCCCAACAAUCUCAACCUCUGUUCCUUCUGCUUCACCAGCAGCCAAAUCCAAGUUCCCUGGGCCAGAACAAAGAACUCCCACUCUCUCAGCAUUCUCCAACAUUUUUGAGCUGAUGAAGCUGAGCCUGUCA